AUGACGACCUCGAAGGAAAUCGACGCUUCAGAAUCCGGCCUAGGAAAGGAAGUCGUAGAUAGCCGUAUUGAAUAUGCAAACUCCCUCAAAAUUGCAGAUGUGAAAGGUGACUACUCUGGUGCGACAGCUAAGACUGAUGCUAGGGAGAUUACUCUUCCAACCCAUCCCUCCGUGACACCGGGUCACCUACGUAUCCAUUCUCGAUAUAGUAUCGUGAACCCCUUCCCUGGGUAG